UCUCUCUACAAACCCUAAUCAGGAUACCAUCUCUGCUAUACAUCUCCGACAACUCAUAUAAUCGUUUUAUAAUUUUUUUUUUCUUAAAUACGCGCGUCCAUUCCUGAACAUCACAAAACGGCGACCAACAACUAGGGCUUUUAUUUCCCCCUUACAUAUAAUCGUGAUUUUCAUCCAGAGUUUCAAAAACACUUCCCUCACAUACGCUUUUCUUCUUCAAUCUCACAUCCAUUUAGGGUUUGGGCAUACAAGAACUCUAUGCGUACCUCUACGGUUGAAAUUUUGUUCUGAUAUGAUGAUUAGGUCAGCAUAAGGUCUCAAAGAUGAAGGUUGUUCCCAUUUACAUUUCACCCACAUCCAGCUUCGAUCUUCACCCACAUCUGGUACGUCGAGUCCCUCAAUCACCGUCAUUGGAGUACACAUCAAUAGUGAAAAAGGUGGAUAUGCGAGCUUUGGAGGAGAAGUCCCCCUGGCGGAAAUAAGUCACCAAGAUGUGUAUUAUGUUUAUUCUGGUGCUUUCAAAUCAAAUUUAGUAUUUUAAUUUUGUUCCCAUUUACAUUUCACCAUAUUGAUUGUGGUUACUUUUUUUUUUGCUUUUGCUAAUUUUUAUUUCGCCUACUGAUUUUCACCGCCUUACGACAAUCUAUCCUCCACCGAUGAUGCUCCGCUUCGCCGCCACCCCUCAAGAGUAAUCACGAAUCAUUGUCAGUAAUAUAGAAGACAUAGACCCGGAUGCUGGUAGUGUAGAUGUUGAAGAAGUCGUUCUGCUUCAAUUACAGAUGGAACUGGAAAAUCUUUGUCAUCGUAAUCGAGUUACAACAAGAUGAAAAGGUAGAGAUUUAUCAGCCCUUAUGUGAAAUGAUGGAGGGCAUUAUUAGUUGGAUCAGGGGGAAGAAAAAUUCAUUGGGGAAGCAUAGUUUUCAACAUAAUGCAUCAUGUUGGACUGGUGAUAAAGCUUUAAAAGAACUUGAAGAAGCAAGCAUAUCAAAGCAGUGCUUCCCAAGCUUACAAGAAUGUGCCACAAAAGUCCUUUUUUCAUGA